AUGCUGUCGCGUACAGAAAUCGUAAUUAACAAUGCUUCACGCGUCUACUUGCAGAGUUCCUAUCGAAUGGCUCACGUGAGAAUUUUUUUCUUCACUCGAACUCUAUUCCGUACUCCUAUGGAGUGGUUACAUGCAGAGCUCCUAUAGAAUGGCUCAUUAAUUUCUCAAUAAACACGUAAAGUUAUUUCGAAAGAUAACUCCUUCUAUCGUCUAGUUCAUAAAGCCAUUCAGAAUUCCGAGAGAGGGAUCCUUGGCAACGCCAUCGACAAAACGAAAGACCUUGCGGAAGCGACAUCAGAGAAGCUUAAAGAUGCCUACAACAGCGUAGUCGGCGGAGCGAAAGAAGAAGUUCAAAAACAAGGAAAAAACACUCGCGACAACAGCUGGGAAGCAACUGGAAGCCGGCCCGCGAGCGGAGUCGACAACGUCAAUGACGCCAAUCAGAAAAAGGUUGCUGAUUUUCUUGAUAUUGGCAUAUCGUGAUAUUAUCAAUCACUUCCGGAGUAAAUUUAAAACUUGAUGGAAAUCAGAGUUACGGCGAUGUUCAAAAGAGGAUGGUAAGUGGUGAACGCAGCGUUGCUCAACCAAAUACCCAAUUCGAAUCAAGCUAAAUCGGCCAAGUUGAACGAAGUGGGGAGAAGAGCUGCCGAAAGAAAGAAGAUCCUUGAGAAAAAAACUUUUAGAAUAAAUGAAAAUUUCCAUCGAAAAAAGCGCUAUAUAUUUAAAUUAGCAUACUCAAAUGUAGAACUGAAAAAAGGCAAGUUUGAGCAAUAAUUUCAAGGCAGAUAAGUUUUUUUAUUCCAAGUUUUGAGAUAAGUGUUAGUAAUCCAAUGUACCUGCACGAAAGUUACUUUUUUUUUUUGGAAACGUGGAGAGUUAUAACAAGUACAACUUGCAUGUAAAGAUCGGAUUAUAAUGGGCAGCCGUAAUUUUAAGGCUCAGGGACCAGCGGAGACGUGCGAAAACGUCAAAGGCACCAACGAGCGCAAGUUGCAGCACGUGGAGAAAAAGUACAACGAAACUUCUUACUCCGGUCAACAGAAGGUAACUGAAAGUCGGAAUAGUGACCUCAAGUAAACUUCUAGGAAGUUCUCUCAAUUCACCUCUUGAAAACCUUCUUUUAAACGUUUUUUUUUAAUUUUGCCUUCCGGGCAGUUUUUAAACUCUCUCCGCUAGAACAAUUUCAAUAAUCUCAUUCCGCGUUUCUGAGUGUCGCAUUAAAAUAAAAUAAUAAAGAUGAUCUUCUAUUCGAAAUUGAGGAAACUUCUUGCAGAUCGACCAUGCUGAAGGCGCCAGCCGUGGAGGGCGUGACGAUGUUCGAAACUAA